UCAGAUUUGCCCCUGUCUGCUUCUAUCCAUAGAAAAACCUGCGGCUCAUAUAAAAUCCAGGAUUUCUUGAUAUCAAGUAGUAGCAACCUGGCCAUAUCUACAAAGGAGUUAAGAGAGCACGCUGGACAGUCAUCCCAUGGCUCAGCCUCCAGGUAAACUGAUGGACGCAGCCAGAAGGCCAGUCUCGGCAGCUUCAUCUCUUCAUCAAUCAGCGGCAAAUCACCUCCAGCCACUGGUCACCUUGGCUCAGAGGAAUGGAGUUGGCAGGAGAUCCCUCCUAACUCUGCUGGCAUCCGCUGCUGCCAUACCAGAGGCUAGUGAAUCAAGAAAGGCCCUAUUGCAAGAUUAUGUGAAGAGAUCAAAGGAAAACAAAGAAAAGAACGACAAGGAGAGGCUGGAUGACUUCUACAAGAGGAAUUACAAAGAUUAUUUUGGUUUCAUGGAAAACUCGGUUAGAGAGAAGAAAGAGGAGGAGCUCACGGAGUCGGAGAAAGGAAUUCUCGCGUGGCUCGACAAGAACAAGUAGCCUUUUGACCACGAGAGGGGCUCGCCAACCAAAAAGCUGAAACAGCUUUUGUAGUUCGUUCCGCUAUUAAGUUCUCAAGGAGUUAUUGAGCUUAGCAGGUAGUCCUCACUUGCCUCUGAAGCUGGUGAAGCUCAUUUUGUUUCAUCAUUGUUAUCUCGAUCUGUGCAGUAGCACAACUCUUUGCUUGAUCUGAUAGUAUGAUUCAGCUUUGCAAAA